UCUACAGUUUUAGUUUGUAAAAUGUGCACUGUUUUUAACGAUGGUUGAGGUGAUUUCCCAGUGAGAUUGCUUGUUCUAUUUUCAGAGAGGUAAUUUUUGAGAAUGUCAUGAUCACUGAAUUUAGAUGAUCUUGAUGAGGUGCCUGGUUCUCAGACCAAGCAAAAUAACGUUUACUUGACCCAAAAAAUGGUAUACGGCCACAAUUUGAUCUUAUAAUUUAGUGAUUUAUGUGGACUCGUAAAGUUGUCUUCAUCUCUGACCUUCAAUAUCAGUUGCGUCUCAAAAUUAUGCCUUGAUAUUUUGAUUUAUUAUGAUCCAAGAUCACGAUAUUUCCUAAGGAAACGAUCUUGUUCUCUUUAAACCCCAAGAAUGUUACUUUUCCUUUUAAAUCUUCACUCUGUUACUUUAAUGCAAUUAUGGCUGUUUUGUCGAUUUUUUUUUCUUUCUUGAAGUGUGAUCUACCACCACAGCCGGUUUUAUAAUCAACUUAGCUAAGUAAACAAUCUUUUUAAAACAAAUUUACAGACAGACAACCUUCUAAACUAAAUCUUACAAACCCAUCUUUCCGGUUGAUUAGCAGAUGAGUGAGUCGAGGCAGGAAAUUGAAACAGCAUUCCUGCCAAACGGACGAAACCGAACACAAUAGUAUGACUCAGCGCGAUUUGUUGACGUGUGAGUUAAGUGGCUAUGACAUACUUUAAGAAAAUUCUUUUACUUUUUCUUUUCCCAUGCCCCGCUCUGUUGAGGUUAAGGUUUCUUAGAGAAGUAAUUAACCAGAUAUCGUAGAACGAACCUUUGAAACCAGAUCUGUCGGUGAUGGAGAGAAGAUUUUACUAGUGCUUCAGCCAUUCAGUGCAAAAAUUUGUAGGCUAACGUCUCAAAGGAAAUCUUGACCUAGCUGUUUGUUACGUGCAUGUAUACGGAUCUUCAAAUUAGUAUCCGGGCAAAGGUUAUAGACAAUGAACAUGUCAAACACAAACAACACGCAAAGAGAUUGGAAACCAAGUACCCCAACUUAUGGAGUUAUCUUAUGGUGCAUAACGUACAGCCUCACAGCAGUUGGCAUAAUCUGUGCCAACGUGUUCGCCGUUUUCGUUUUCACAAUGAAAAGGCUUUUGCGUAAGAGGAGCAAUAUUCUCCUAUUGAAUUUAGCCAUCGCUGACUUGAUGGUUGGAAGCAUAGCGUUCCCAAUGUACAUUUAUAUUUUCUAUAAUUCGCACAAAAGCUUCUUAUGGAGAGACAUGAUCACGAACCAUGUGUACCUCGGCGUGGACGUCUUUUCAGGAUUAUCCUCGAUGUUUAUUUUAGCAAUGAUUGCCUUAGAAAGGGCGUAUUCUGUCUACCGACCUCUAAAGCACCGCUGUGUUUCUAGGAGGUCAAGGCUCUAUUGGUUGUCUGCAGCUUGUGUUUGGGUAACAUCGGGAGUCCUUACUUCCAUGAAGAUUCUAACAUCACUUGGAGUUCUGACCUUCUCAUAUGACAAACAUGUUAUCUUCAUAUUCGUGUCCAUCGCCUUGAUGACCAUAAUAGCCGCCCACGCUUCUAUCUGGACCAAAAUCACAAGACGAAAAGAAAACCUCGAUUUCAUAGUCAAAGAAAAAUCCAUUGCCCUGGCAAUGCUUAUAGUAACUGUCGCUUUUAUUGUGAUGUGGCUGCCGUUUUAUCUGCUUAAUGUAAUUUACAGUUUUGAUCAAAAAGCUUUGAAAUCCGUACCCUUAAAUUUCUUUUACUUUGCUAAACUAUUGCAGUAUGGGAACUCCGUCGUGAAUCCAGUAAUAUAUACAUUGAAGCUUCCACAAUUCCGUAGGGCUCUGCGAAAAUUACAAAGCUUCAAAAGCUCUGUAAGAACAGACAAAGACGUACCACUGUAAUAGCAUCAGUAUAUUUGCAGGAGUCUUUUAAGAUAAACUCAGUGAGAUAAAAUCGAAAACUCCAAUCUCACUCAAUCAGACGUACCACUGUAAUAGGGAAUAAAACUGUAAUUUAAGAUAGCAGGUAAUUUAGAGUUAACAACUGAGUUGAAAAUGUAAAUUAGUCAAUCGCUCUGACGAAGGGCUAACGCUCGAAAUUUCAGCUUUUUUACCCUUUACGGUGGCUAAUUUACGUUUUCAACUCAGUUGUUAACACUAAAUUACCUGCUAUACUCUCCCACCGACGCAGCACCACAGUUUCUUUAGAAACUUACCCCUUUAUUCAUUUGUCUUUUAAGAUACACUCAAUGAGACAAAAUCUAACGCGUUAAUCUCACUCUUUGCAAGUAACGUAAGACUCCCAAAGAACUGAUAGGUUACCAGCGUGAGAAAAUGUACAUUUCAUGGUCUUGCUUACCCUAUUUCGCGAUUCAUUAGGCCGCUUCGUUGAUUGGACAUUUGAAAACUCCUCGAUAAAACGACAUCCCAGUUUUGGAAUUGUCCACCCUUUUCGCUAUUGGGUAUGUUGAUAGGAACAGAUAGCCUAGUUGUAGUUGUUCCCUCCCCCUUCCCCCCCCCCCUCCUUAGGGUGAAACGGAAGCGAGGGGCGGUUUACGAAAUACUACUGUCAAUAGAUCUCUUUGUAAUUUACAUUAAAGGACUGCAAUUAUUGGAAUAUCUCGAGUUCUGCCAAAGUCGUGGAUCGACCAAUGAUGAUAUAAGUGGAAAUAAACUGACUGCACGGUGCUUCCGUCACGAACCACA